AUGUCUAUUUUUGAACUACCUACCGAUGGCCGUCCGUAUUUCUCUUCUUUGUUGCCCUCAACGUACAUGGGCAGCGUUCUCAUCCUGAACCGAUCCAGUAUGCCCAUAGAGACACUCUGCGCACCCGAGACGAGCAUCGGACGCAUCGCGUAUCUCCUCCGCGAGUCUUCUGCGCGUAUCACGCCGUCCCUAGUUCACGAUGCAUUCACACUUCUGCAGUCUCUACCAGACCAUAGCAGAUUCUCCACCGCUAACAUGGGUCUCACCCAUAUGCACGCCAUGAUAUCGAACAUGAUCUUAUUCCAGAAGAGCGAGAUCUCCUUUGGAGAUAAGUUCUUUGCCAACGGAGGCUCUCCUGAAACCAUGUGA